CAUCAGCCCUCAUUCGAGGGGGAACUCCUGUCACAGCUCAUAAUUGUCUUUUGUAAGUUCGCGAAUACUGAUUCCGCACCUUCCAAUGUUCAAGUCAGCCAACUGUACAUCCUCAACACAAAGCUCGAAUUCUAGCAGCCCCAUCCGGAAGCUCCAAGACGAGGCAGCCCACCAUCGAAAACCCACGCGACGCGCUCACCUUGGAUGUACGGGCACACGGCCUCUUGUAAUCAUAAUAGAAGGAGGUGCCAACGGUGACUGGUAUGCAGACGGCAAGGCUCAAGGCUGAAUCGCAAGGACGGAAAGCUAAGCUUGCCAAUUCAUACCAUGAGUUAUUGGAAGAGUUUUCGUCGAAAGACCUUCGUUCCGUCGGAAAUUAUACACUGGGACGUUUGAUCGGGAAAGGGUCAUUUGGCAAAGUCUAUCUCGCAUCGCAUAAGCUCACAAAUGGCUCCAAGGUCGUCCUCAAGUCUGCCAACAAAGAUGACUCGAAUCUUGCUCGCGAAAUACAUCAUCAUCGACAAUUCAUACAUCCUCAUAUUGCACGACUGUACGAAGUUAUAGUGACAGAGAGCUUGGUUUGGCUAGUGUUGGAGUAUUGCCCAGGCGACGAACUGUACAACUACCUCCUGAAGCAUGGCGCAUUACCCGUGGAAAAAGUACAAAAGGUGUUUACUCAACUGGUUGGAGCCGUCACAUAUGUGCAUAAUUCCUCAUGUGUCCACCGGGAUCUGAAACUGGAGAAUAUCCUGUUAGACAAGCACGAGAAUGUCAAAUUAUGCGAUUUUGGUUUUACUCGAGAAUAUGAGGGGAAGUCUAGCUAUCUGCAAACCUUUUGCGGGACCAUUUGUUAUAGUGCUCCUGAGAUGCUCAAGGGAGAAAAAUAUGCGGGUGAGAAAGUUGAUGUUUGGAGUUUGGGUGUUAUACUAUACGCCCUUCUAUGCGGGGAGCUACCUUUCGAUGAAGAUGACGACAAUGCAACGAGGACCAGAAUUCUUACUGCCGAGCCGAAAUGGCCUGAUCAUCUUACCCCGGAUGCUCGUUCUCUUCUUGGACUACUUCUUUCGAAACGGCCUAUAAUUCGACCUUCUCUCCCAGACAUCCUAGCCCACCCGUUUCUGGCAGAACACGCACCACAACAGCAGGCCAUCUUAAAACUUCAACAACCGCCACCUUUUGCUACGUCGUUGGAGAAAGAGACUCUUGAACGCAUGCGCAGUGCUGGAGUUGACAUUGAUCAGGUGAUUGAGAAUGUUCUGGCCCGUCGAUGUGAUCCGUUAGCUGGCUGGUGGACCCUGCUUAUCGAAAAAGAAGAAAGGAAAGCCAUCCGCAGAGAACGAAAGCGGAAAGAAAAAGAAGCCGAAAAUCGAGCCUCGAGGAGACUGAGUGGUGCGAGCAGUCGACUAGAACGUAUGGCUCCAACCCUGACUGGAGUCGAUGAAGAGGGCCAAGAACUCAGACUGGGCGAGCCUCCCAGGAGCAGAGGCCGGAAAGAGAGACGAAGUGCACACUAUCCGGACCUCAUUCUCACGGACUUACCUGGUCUUCCAGAGCACUCUCAAUUAGAUUCUCCUGAAGUAGCGACGCCGCCUCCGCCGAUAGAGAAAGACUCAAUCCGGUCAGCAAGCUCUUCAAGGCAUCGCCGUCCUAUCCCUCCUCCAAAAGAAGGUACAAUACGAGGAGCUAAGUCUCGGGGUAGUACUUUGCAGCUAGUAACUUCCAAUCCUGAUCUUCUCAACCCCCAAGCGAACGGAAUUGUACAAAGGCCCCCUCGCAGGAAGCACCAACAUGCUUUCAUUAAUCAACUGGCUCAUUGGAAGCACUGGCUUUUAGACUCUGCAAAACGUGCGAAGUCUCCAGGCAAAAGAAUGAGCCGCUCUACCCCUGAUCUGCUCCAAAAAUCGGCCAACAGCUCACGAACAGGACCAAAAGAGCCAAGCCCACGGCCAGCCACUUCUAAAACGCCUCCUUCAGCAAGACCAUUAUUACAACCAGGACCGCAGACCCAUCCACCAGUUGCAAGGAUAUAUACCACACCAACCCCAGGGAAUAAGCGCCACUCACUCUCCCCUUCCCCAUUGACACCUCGCUCUACAUUUCGACGUUCUAGCACAGGUCUUCGUGGACGAAAGUCGACGUCCUCAUCGGUGUCCUCAGUUCGCACUAUUCAUCAUCACCAACAUACACAUUCCAAAGCGUCUUCGACCUCUUCUAAUGGUUCCGGGUCAAUGAGUAAGGUGUCCCUGCCAUCACGAAGUCCUCAUCACUCCGUCAAGGUCCUACCUGCAACUCCCACCACAAGCGCUUUCCCAUCAAAUAUUCGAGUUGUGCGGCAGCCACCCAUCUCAAGCUUCAACGAGGCGCCAUGGGGUCAGCCUGUUGGUGGUUUGGUCUUUGCGAAGAGGAAAAAGAACAUAUUCAAAGGACCCAUGCUCAACACUUCCUCAUCAAGCGGGUCCGCAAACGGAUCAGGUCACAAUAGAACAGGAAGCCAUAGUCGCAGCGCGAGCGUGGCUGGUCGUCGAAGCGGAGAGAUUAUCGAGGAAGAAGACGAGGAUGAGAUCGAAGAAGUUGACGCUUUCAGUCCCUUGAACGGACCGGAAGAAAUCGAGGAGGUGUAUCCUGACGCCGAGACCACUGUGAAUGGAGCUGAGGAUAAAGAACUUUCUAAACCCAGCUAGCUGGCACUAGGGAGGGAUUGAUGUAUGAUUGAUGUGUGUGAUUAUAGAAGUCAUGAGUGAUUGCGGUUGUGUUUUCUCUUCUGCUGUUCCUUAGCGAGUUUGCUGGGUUUUUUUUCCCUUCAUCACUAUUCUUCUCUUGUACCAGCGUUGCAUGGUUCUCGCAUAUUUGAGUCUCUAUCUUUGGGAACAGUACAGUAAGAUACAAUACCCAUGCCAUUUGUAAGGUAUGGUUGUACUUUUGGCACGCAUACUUAGGCAUACGAAUAGGUGAUUUUUGUUCAUAGAGUGUGCAUGGUAGAUAGACGGAUGAGUGAAAACUGUAUUGAUACCAGGUCAAAC